AUGGCACACUUGUUGGCGAGACCGCCGUGCCUGGCGGCGCUGCACGGGCUGCAUCUGCGGACGCUGAGGGCGAGCCCGCUCCUGGCCGCGCACCGCGCGCCCGGCCCGCGUCAGCAGUGCGUGUGCAGGGUGGCAUUCCGGUCCAAACGCAGCGGCCGUGGGAAGGGAGGCCGGGGCAGGGGCGGGCGAGGAGGCGGUACGUCUGAGGCCAAGCCGAGAAAAACGCGUCGUUCGGACAAACGCGGGGACGAAACGGACGAGGAGCACAAGGUCUUCGACGAGGUCAAAGUGACGGUCAAGGCGGGCGACGGAGGAAACGGCGAGAUCGCAGAGCGGGGAAAGGGCAAGUGGGUGAAGAACUUCAAGUACCGCCCGGGCGGAAACGCCCCGAAACAGAUCUGGCUGCCGGCGUCCAAGCCGGCCGACGGCUACGACGGCGCCGACGUGGUGCUCUUCGUGGACCCGGCCUGCGACAGUCUGCUGCACCUGCGCGGGAAGAAGAUGCUCACCGCGCCGAAGGGCUCUCGCGGGGACCCGGCGAAGGGGAGCGGCGGCGCGAAGAAGAGAAAAACCACGACCCUGGUCGACCAGCCGCGCAAAAUGCCGCCGCUGCGACUCCCCGUGCCGCCGGGAACAGUCGUGAAGCGGAGCGGCAACGGCCGGCUGAUCAAGGAGCUCAUCAACCCGGGCGACAAGGUCGUCGUCGCGCGCGGCGGCAUGGGCGGGCAGGGCGUCAGCCGCCCGUCGCGCGCCGAGACCGCCAACCGCGGGCGCCGCGCCCCCAGCCCCGACGGCACGGUCGAAGUCGUCGAGGUCGAAGACGUCAACUGGCGCGAGGACGCCCGCGGGGGGCCGGGCGAACAGAUCACCCUCAACCUCACCCUUCGCGUUGUCGCUGAUGUGGGGCUCGUAGGGCUUCCCAACGCCGGGAAGAGCUCCCUGCUCGCAGCGCUCACGCGGGCCGCGCCCGAGGUCGCGCCGUACCCGUUCACGACGCUGAUGCCGAACCUGGGCGUCCUGCCGUCUGGCGGGUCUGGUCCGCGGCCUGUGCUGGCGGACCUGCCUGGGCUGAUCGAAGGCGCGCACGUGGGGCGCGGGCUCGGGCGGCGGUUCCUGCGGCACCUGUCGCGGACGCGCGCGAACCUGCAGGUCGUCGACGCCAGCGUGGAAGACCCCCGGGGGGACUACUGGGCGAUUCGGGAGGAGUUGCGCAUGUACAACCCCGAGUACGUCCAGCGGCCGCACGUGGUGAUUCUGAACAAGAUCGACGUGGAGGGCGUGAAGGAGCGCAUCGAGGAGGUCCGCGCGGGCAUCCUGGAGGUGGCGGAGCACUUGGCGGAGGAGCACGCAAAGGACGCGCCCACACUGCCGGCGGCGGUCGUGCCGCUGUCGGCGCAGACGGGCGAGGGCGUGGACGAGCUGAACCGCGUGAUGGCGGAGGUGCUCGCGCCGCUGAUCGGGAUGGAGAUCGCGCCGCCUGGCGAGGAGGCCGAGGGGUUGGAGGCACUGUGGGGGGAGUUGGGGGAGGAGUGGGAGGACAUCCCGUGA